AUGAGUUGGCUGUCUGUAGUUUUUUGUACAUUUUGUUUGGCAUUUCUGGUGAUUUGGGCUUCACCUCCGCAAUGGGACCGCGUGGCGUUAGACAUGGCGGCGGAAAAGAACGUUACCACCCGGUGGCGCAUCCAGGAGGCAUGGAAGGCAACUGUUGCAUCGGAGACGCAAUUACAUGAGUACUACAAUGAAUUGACAAACUUGGAGAAGGAGAAAUCCGAACGCAUUAUGAAACAUGCCCACGCUGAGGUGAACAGGUGUGUCUACGAGUUCUACAUGGGAUCGACCAUGGAAAGGUUCACCGAUUGCGUAAGGCAUGUAACCAGCCUUCACCUGACCAGGUUGAAGAACAUCCGGAGAGCUACAAAUCACACAGAAGAGCGGGUGAUUAGCGGAGCGAGCAGACUUAAAAUCUGGCAUUGAAUUGGAAUGGCGAAGGAACUGGCUCCUGGUUCCGGUUUUCCCAAUCGCUGGCGGGCGUCAAGUCUGCUUUCUUUAAGUCCCCCACCCCUGUACUCCUAUGGCAUGUACUACUUUAAUUAGACAGUCGACUCGGGCCUCGAGA